AUGGUGGAUUUUCCAAAGCUUUCUCUACUUCCUCGUUACAGUCUUUUGCUUCUUGUUCUUUUUUCCUUUUUCUCCACUUUCCAUAAAACUUAUGAAAGUUAUUUCAUAUAUAUUCCUUGUCAUUUAUACUUGACCGUUCUUUAACUCCUCUUGCUGGUGCAUGCUCAACAGUUACACAUAAAGCUGACAGGAGAGCAAUUGCUUAGAUUUACUCUUCUCUCUCUCUCUAUAUAUAUAGAUAUAUAUAAUGUUUGCUCAUUCUGAUCAGGCUGCUGAUGCCUAGGCAUUCAAGCUGAUAACAGAGUCUCAAAACAGAGUGCACCAUUACCAUGUUUGUUUAUAGCAUUUUGUGGGAGUUCUUCAUGGUUGCUCCCUGAUUAGUGAUGCUCAUGGUUUCCUCUCGCAGCUAAUUGAGUAUUGUACUAACCAAAACAAUUGGUGAAGCACAAAUCGGUUUGGUUCAAGGCCAUAGCUCAACUGGAACGCAGGUCACUGCAACCUUGUCACUGUGGGUUUGAAACCAACUUAGGAAUUAAAGGAGUAAGUCCAUUCAGGAGAAUUUCCUUUCUGGCACUUGUAAAAGGAGCCUCAAAACCUCCAUUACAAGGACAUGGAAAACGAAACAGUCGGACAGCUCGGCACAUCUGUGCAUGGCCUCACAGGAAAAGAGCCGGUCUAUGCCAUGUCGUCACCAAACCAGAGCUCCCCUCCUUCACCUUUCUCUCUCCCUGUUGACUCCGAACACAAGGCCAAGGUCUUCAAACUCUUCUCUGUCUCUCAACCCCAUAUGCGCUCCUUCCACCUCUCCUGGUUCUCCUUCUUCUCUUGUUUUAUCUCCACCUUUGCCGCCCCUCCUCUGAUCCCUAUAAUUCGCGACAAUCUGGGGCUAACCAAACAUGACAUAGGCAAUGCAAGUAUUGCCUCAGUGUCAGGUGCCAUCUUCUCUAGGAUAGCAAUGGGAGCCAUCUGUGACCUGGUUGGCCCGCGCUACGGGUGCGCUUGCCUAACCAUGUUAACUGCUCCUGCUGUUUUUUUCAUGUCAAUUGUGACAAGCGCCCAUGGCUUCAUUAUCGUUCGCUUCUUCAUCGGCUUCUCUCUUGCCACCUUUGUAUCCUGUCAGUUUUGGAUGAGCUCAAUGUUUACAACUAGAAUUGUGGGCCUUGCUAAUGGCUUAGCAGGUGGUUGGGGUAACCUUGGUGGUGGAGCUACUCAAUUAAUCAUGCCUUUGGUCUAUGAUCUUAUUCACAAAGGCAUCGGAGCCACCCCGUUCACCGCCUGGCGCUUGGCCUUCUUUGUGCCUGGAACAAUUCAAACCUUGAUGGGCCUAAGUGUCCUGCUACUUGGCCAAGAUCUCCCUGAUGGGAACUAUGCUGCCUUAAAGAAGAAGGGUGACAAAGUCAAGGAUGACUUCUCUAAGGUGUUCUAUCAUGCAGUUACAAACUAUAGGGCCUGGAUCUUGGCAUUGACCUAUGGCUAUUGCUUUGGGGUGGAGCUCACAGUAGACAACAUAGUUGCAGAGUAUUUCUAUGACAGGUUUGAUUUGCAGCUUCACACUGCGGGGAUCAUUGCAGCCACGUUUGGGCUCGCGAAUAUCGUGUCGAGGCCAUUUGGUGGGGUUCUAUCAGAUAUGUUAGCAAAGAGGUAUGGGAUGAGAGGGAGGCUUUGGGGUCUGUGGGCGGUUCAGACUAUUGGAGGGCUGCUAUGUGUUUUGUUGGGGAGGGUGAGUUCUUUGGGUUCAUCUAUCACGGUCAUGGUUGUAUUCUCUUUUUUUGUUCAAGCCGCCUGUGGAUUGACUUUCGGAAUUGUUCCUUUCAUAUCAAGAAGGUCAUUAGGAAUAAUCUCCGGGAUGACAGGAGGAGGUGGUAAUGUUGGGGCAGUUCUAACAACCCUAAUAUUCUUCACAAAUUCAUCCUACUCGAAAGAGAGAGGGAUUACUCUGAUGGGGGUGAUGAUUCUUGCAUGUACACUGCCAAUCUGGUUGAUUUACUUCCCACAGUGGGGAGGCAUGGCACGCAGCCCAUCCCCGAAAGAAGGUGCCACAGAGGAAGGUUACUACAUGGGUGAGUGGAAUAGCAAAGAGAAAGAGAAGGGGUAUCAUGAAGCAAGUUUGAAGUUUGCAGAUAACAGCAAGAGUGAAAGAGGUAAGAGAGUGGACUCGGCCCCCACGCCUCCAACGGAUAGAACGCCUGUUCAUGUUUAGGCUUUGAGACAAUUCUACAAAUGUUGUCUUGCUUCUUUUUUUUUCUUGGAUUUUUACAAAUGUUGUCUUAGUUCUUGAUUUACGUUAUAUGGAUUUUCUAUUCUUGAAUCUUUGCUUGCUGAAAUUUGUGUAAACUGAAAAUAAAGCGUACAGAUUAUGUGCAGAAAAGGCUCAAAGCUGAAUUCUAAAGCUCAAAUAAGUCGUACUUUCCA